AUGAAUUUUCUCAAGAGAUAUUUUUCUGUAGCUUAUCCCUAUCAUCUCAAGCCCAAAAAUCUCGCACAGGCCCUUAUAGACUUUCCGCUACAGUUUGAUUCUGAAGAGCCAGAUAUAAUGCAAGAAAAGCACGAUUCACAAGUAGAAAACAACAAAUUUCUCAAAGAAGAAGGAGACUCAGAAGGGAUAAAAGCAGUAUUUGAAACUCUUUUAUCUUCAAUUGCUCAAGAAAAUUUUAUCAGCCUUGAAGAUUUAGUUGAAUUUAAUAUGCUUAAAAAGCUUAAGACAUCAUGAGAAGAGUACAAAAAACUAGGGUAUAAGAUAAUGACCACAGGAAGCAUUGAUGAUGCCAAAGUUACUGUUUUAGAUAAAACUUGCACUUCAGGCAAUUUUUUACCAUAUAGGAACCUUAAUUUCCCAAAAAGCGAAUAUGAAUAUACUUUGAUCCCUGGAUUUAAGAGACGAUUGCCUAUUCAUUCUUAUCGUAUUGAAGAUAGGAACAUAAAACGCAAAUAUUUAAAUGAUUUUUUAUCAUUGGAUUUUAAGAAGAUAAAUCAAGAUGAAAAUAUAUGCUAUUUUCGCUAAAAAUAACAAUUUUUUGAAAUUUUUAAUCAUUUUUAUAUCAAAUGAAGAAAUUAUUUUAUUAGGUAUAGAGCAAUAUCUUCUUGAAAUAAAAGAAAUUUUCGUAGCAAUGGGAAGUUUCCCAAUUUUUAUUGCAACUUAUGAUAUAGGGAUACUUAGUUCAUAUAAACUUUAUGUUGUUGAUCAAAAUAAUGCUGUGUGUGGAGGCAGCAAUGAUCCAAACAAAAAAGAAUUUCAUUCACUAAGGUUGGAUUAUAUGACAUUGCCAAGUGGGUAUCUUUGGAAUAUGAUAUUAAAAUUCUUGAAGUGCGAUAAAUUUUUCUCUGAAAAGUUUACUGAGUGGCUAAGGCAAUAUACAAUUGUUGAUAUAGAUGGAUUCAUGGAUGGAAACCCAAUAUUAAGAUAA